CGACUUAAUAACUGAUUAUUAAUUACCAAAGUUUAUAAAGUAUAAGUUUUAAUUUUAUAAUGGUCGUAUAAAGUUUUUCUAAACGCAGCUUUCACCUACACGAGUAUUAGUAAGUUUAGUGUGAUUUGACUGCGCUGCGCUUCAGUCGUAGUGUCGGACGAACUAACGCUUUUCUCGGUCGGAACUCGAGGCAUACACACGUCCGCCCGCCCUGUAACUGAAGCAUAAAGUUUUGCCGCGCUCUAGUGAAAACUUAUUAAUUAGAAGAUUAUUUGGACUUAUUUGUGCUAUUAUUGUGUUUGGUGACUUAUUUAGACUUUUUAGUGUAUUUUAAAACUGUAAUUUCUACCUUUUCGUAGUGAAUACGGAUUUCAGCACAGGUGAUAAGUAAUUUUUCAAACUGGUGAGCCAAGGAUCAGAUGGCGCGCGCAUUCAAUGCGCCGACGCAUGUCCGCUGACGGCCGCGGGCUUUCACGUUGCUUCCGACGCUAUGAUGAACGAUAUUUCAGCCAGUUCUUACGCCGCCGAGGCACGCAGAAUGCAACUAUAUACACACCCACAUGUCAGUCAUAGAGAGCUGUCGAUCCACGCUGUUCCUACCCAUGACCUGUUGAAGCCCAAAGAGGAACCUCCAUACAGUCUGGCCUCGCCUGAGCAUUGCACUGUUAACCUGUCACAUACAAAUAAAAGGCUAGAGAGAGCCUGCAAUCACUAUGAAAGAGGGAACUCUCCGCUCAUCUCUAGAAUGAAGUCCAUACCAGCCGUGUCUACCACGUUGUCUGAAGCUAUAAGUAACUCCGAACCGAAAGUAGAUGCAACAUCAAGUUCCAGUUCGGGAAAUUCAGACAAAUCUACCACAAAUUCAGAAGCAACGAAGCCGCCCUAUUCCUACGUAGCGCUCAUAACAAUGGCUAUACAAAAUAGCGAAACGAAAAAGGCGACUCUCAGUGAAAUCUACGCAUAUAUUACAAAGGAAUUUCCAUACUUUCAAAAGAACAAAAAAGGCUGGCAGAAUUCCAUUCGACACAACUUGAGUCUUAACGAAUGCUUCGUCAAAGUACCACGGGAAGGCGGUGGUGAACGCAAAGGCAAUUACUGGACUCUUGAUCCACAAUGCGGUGACAUGUUUGAAAAUGGAAAUUUCCGACGGCGCCGCCGGAUGAAGAGACCUUUCCGUGGAACUCCUUAUGGCAAAGGACUGUAUGGAGAAACUUACCACGCGGGCCCAAUGGGCCAACCGCAUGUGCAGUCCCUUUCCAUUUCCGCAAAUUACUUCGGGCCUGGCACCUACUCACCUUCUUAUCCUCCAUUUGACCCGAGUUGGCUAAGUCAACCGACAUCCAGCUUGGGCUAUGGAAGUGCUUGCUCGCCACACUCCAACAUUCAACACCAGGCGUCGCCGUUCGGAUCAUAUAUCACUCAGCAAUUACAAGAACAGUUGCAGAGUCCGCUACAACCCAUUCCAAUUUCUAUGAAUACGCCGUAUUCCAUGAGUUUUCCGAGUUUUGAUUCAUCACCUAACUCCGCUCCAUCAUACACGACGGGUGACAAUCACCCAAUAUCUCAUCACGAUGUUAGCGGCGGUGAUGGGCCUGCUCAUUACUGGGUGACAGAUUCCAACGCCAGUCAUCCCAGAACAUACGAGCACCCAAGCACGGUACGUCCUGCCUCUCAUGAUGAAGGCAUCGACAUGGCCGAAUCAGCUGCCAGAUAUCUGCUAUGGUCUGAUGUGGGAAAGGAUGAUUCGUUAACGUUCCCUUCUGGUGAGACCUAAGUUAAAGGACUAAGAGAGAAUUAAAGCGAUUUAUUAAAGGCCCACCGUCAACAGGAUAUAAUAAUAUUUCAUAGAUUUCAUUUUCAAAUAAAAAUUCUUUAGAAAUUUUUCCGUCAAUACGUUUUCUGUGUAUCAGAUGGGUAUGCUUAAUAUAAAUAGCUAAUUUCCAAAUGAUGUAGUUGAUGUGUUCUAACAACUGCUUUAUAGAUGUACGUGAAAAUCACUUAUGUUAACUACUUCCUCUUAUAACUAAAUCUAAAUAAUACAUUUUAUCUAACGAGCUCAUUCUAUAAAUGUGAUUAGUGCUAAGAGACUAAAAUUUUAUAAAACCCAUAAAAAGGGACUAUGGUUUAUAGAUAAAAAAUAUUAGAAAUCAGUACUUUUAACAAAAUUAGGUACUCUUUCGUCCCUUUUCUAUCAAAUUGUUCUCGCUGUCAUGUAAAGAGAUGGAGUACUUUUGUUAAAACGGUACAAUUGGACCGAUGAUACAAAAAUUGCCAUAUAGCACUUAAAAUGCAAAUUUAUAUCCUUAAUUGAUACUACCUGACUGCAAUUUAAAGGUUUCCAAUGUUUUUUUUUAAUCAGUGGUAGUCGUUUGAACUCUCAUACAUUUAAACUUGAAUUCUUGAUAUUACGAUUUAAUACUACUUUAAUACAAUUAAUAAUUUAUAAAAUAAUAAUGCAUUAUUAUAUUACUUCUUUUACUAUUCGAUACUAAACGUUCACCUAUAGGCAACCAUAUUACCAAAUCGACUAAAUGAAGAUCAUAACGAAUUAUCUAUAAAAUCAAAUUGCGAGCUUUUUGAUGUGAUGUGUAUCGGUAAGCAACAAUUUUUAAAUGAAUUUAUUGACCAAAUAAAUUAUGGACCAUUCUUGUUUUUUAAGAGCCUUACUAGGCUACCUUACUUACUACCAUUUGGGCUACUCACGCUAAAUAAAUAUUGAUUAAAACUAUAUCUUUCUCUAGACUAUAUCGAGUAUUGUAAGCAAUUACAUUUUUCAACUAACGUUUUUUAUUUAUAAUUGAAACGGCCUUCCUAUAAAAACUAAUCUAAUUGCACACUUUUAACUAAAGUAACCUUACGUCUCUUUCAAAUUAUUGUGCCAAAAAGAGAUAGAGAGUUCUUUAGUUAAAAUUCUAUUAAAUUUAUUUUUCAUGAAUAAGGGGGCUUUCUAUGACUCGUUGUAAAUAAUUUUAAAAGGUUUAACUGAUUACGUUUAUGUUUAUAUAAGGCAUUGCGAUAAGUGAUUUAUCAGCGCCAUCUUUUAUCUCUACUGUGCUUUUGUAUAGACUCUUUAUAAUUUAUACUUGAUCUAUUAAUAAAUGUGUUAAAAUAUUUGAAAACUAUUAAUAUUACGAUAUGUUAUGGCUUAUAUAAUCUUCAAUUAUUUGAUAAUUCUACUAUUGUACCUAAUUUAUGAAGAUAACUGAUAGAUAAAUGUUUUUUUUUUCUACAUAAAAAUCCGUCUAUCACCGACUGAAAUAGAAAGUAUUUUUGGAAAUUUUCUGUACCGUUCAGGGUAUAAAAUAAAUAGUAAAAUUAUAACUAUAUACUCUCAAAAUUUAUUAAACUAUCUAUUCAUUUAAUACAAAAUAACUUAGGAUAGGAUUCAGAGUCGUUAAUCAUUCGUUUUUUAUAAUAAAUAAUUUAAUACUUAAAAGCAUAUUAAUAUUUAAUGUUUUUAAUUACGUGUUAUCCCGUUUGAUGGCACCAGAUUCGCCUUGAAUCGGCUUUCUCAUAGUGAUAGUCCAUGUCUUUAUUCUGAAUCUUAAUCUGAGGCAUAUAUCUAAGACAAAUAUUAACUGUACAGGUAAUGUUUGUUUGUACAUACAUACUUUUCAUUAUAAUAACAAACUUCAAAAUAUACGUGGCGCCAUCUUCCUCAAAUAGUUAAAUGUUGUGUCAAACGUGUGUAAUGCGUCUGUCGUGUCGUAAAACUAGAAGAAAUUGUAAUAUUAUGAAGCAUUGAUCUUUAAUGUCAUUUACU